CGGAAUUCAAGUGUUGUUAUCAAAAGUGCCGUCAUCUUGUGAUUUACAAAUAACAAUUGGCGAAGUCUAAUAGGAAGUCCUUGCGAAGAUGGAGGCAGAUGCUAAAGCCUACGAUGAACUCAGUGGACCACAAAUCGAAGAAGGUAGUCAAUUUGUCCAUGAACUAAACCUUUCCCUGGGAGAUAAGGUGCUUGAUAUGGGUUGCGGUACAGGCCAUGUCACUAAAUAUAUUGCUAAUAUCGUUGGCCCUGAUGGUCAGGUAGUCGGAGUUGAUCCCGAUGCUGAGCGAAUCAAAAUUGCUAAAGAGAAAUAUAAAGGAAUCAGUAAUCUUCAGUUCUAUGUCGGUAGCAGUGCGAUUGGAUUUCUAUACGAUAAUGAGCCAUAUUACGAUGUCCAUAUCAGCACGAAUGCAUUCCACUGGAUCCCUAAUGACGAGAAAAGCAUUUAUCUACAGAAAGCACAUCAAUGCUUGAAAUCUGGGGGGAAACUGGCCAUCUUCUGUGCCGCAAAGAUGCCGGAUGAUGUUAGAACUGCAGGAUAUUAUCCAUUAACCCAACAGGGCUGUCGAGAUUUGUUUCAAGAGAUUGGUUUCUUCAACGAUGUUGUGGUAGACGAACCACCCUACCUAUUUCGAUUUAAAUCAUUUGCAGAAUUCAAGCAAUGGUACAAAGCUUCAACACAUCUGGAUCUUGACGAUGAGGACCCUGUGUUUAUCAAGAAAUUUAUUACCUUAGAAGAUGACGGACAGGUUUCUUUGAAAGGAUUAAAUAUAUGCAUCACAGCGUGCAAAGAUUGAUUUUAAUAAUAAUGGGCCGUCGUCAGACGUCAAGACUCAAGUGCCCCCAAAAGAUGGCUAGAAAACGAUUUUCGUUGCACACUUCGCUAAACUGAAAAAAAUACGUAUUCUUAUAGAUUAACUGACGCUGAAUCCAAAUCUAAAACGUUCUUGCGGGUUCACCCUGCAGUUUGUUUUGUAAAUUGCGACAAAAUCUUAAAAUUUACAAGUUUCACAAUAGCAUUUUUACUAUAUGCCAUACGUCAAAAUGCGUACUCUUGGAUAUGUCACUUCCGCCUCCUCUUGAGAUAUGUGAAUUCAGAUUUGAGGUAAACAAUGAGCAACACGAUUUUCAAGUUUCAUAUUAUUACGCAAUCUCGUUCCCCACCAUGCCCGUUCGCAGGUUAAGGGUGGGCAUAGCUCUGGAGAAAUCGAAUUGAUUCAGGCCUGUGAUUGGCCAACGGCAGAUAGUACGUUGGAUUUCCAACUGUGAGUUCUAUAUAAACAAAGUAUUUUGAAUUUCUCGUCGAAAAUUUGAUACUUCAGUCAGUUUACACUGAAAUCGAUUGAAAACAACUAGAAAUUCUGG